CUGCGCCGAGUCCACCUGACCCGGAGUCCAGGCCACCAAGUGCCCUCCUUCUUAGGACUCAGGAGUCCCAGGCCUCAGGUGCUUCUUCCCGCAGGCUCUAGGAAUUGGGGCCCUCGGCGUGUCCUCUCUCACACCCAGGAGUCUGGGCCCCCAGUCCCCUCCACCCCCAGGAUCCAGAAGCCCAGGUCCCCAUCCCAGCCUUGGCAAUGACCCUGGCGGCUUCCUCCCAGCGCUCCCAAAUCAUUCGGUCCAAGUUCCGAUCUGUCCUUCAGCUUCGGAUCCACAGACGGUAUCAGGACCCGACCCUCUCAGGGUCCUUCGCCGCCUCUCCAGUCUUGGAUCCUGAUCCAUGGAUCUCAGCUGCAGAUCCGGCUCUGGCUCUGGCCCCAGCCUCCCCACCGGGCCCAGCCCCUUUCCUCUCCAACCCUGGAGCCCUUCUUCCUGAGCCGAAACCCUGCCCUUGGAGGUCUCUCAAGAAGGAGUCUCCCAAGCCCUCUCUACACUGGAGGGAGCCCAAGCCCAAGGGGAACUUGACAUACCACCGGUACAUACCCCCGGCGCCAAGACAAGGGUGCAGGGCAGACCCCCAGGUUGAAGGGUCGCCUUUGGAUCCCCCUGGACCGCCUCUGUGGGAAGGGACAAGCUUACAGCAGUCACCUCCUAGGAUGAAGCCCACACCCCUCACUCCCUCCCCACCAGGAGUCCCCAACCCUUCGCCCCUGCCACACAAGUUGGAACUUCAGACCCUCAAACUGGAGGAGCUGACGGUCUCAGAGCUCCGGCAGCAGCUGCGGCUGCGGGGCCUCCCGGUGUCGGGGACCAAGUCAAUGCUUCUGGAGCGCAUGCGCGGCGGCGCCCCGCCCCGCGAACGGCCGAAGGCUCGGCGCGAGGACAGUCCGGCGGGCGCCCCCUGGCCUCGCUUCAGGCCCAAGGCUUUGGGAGCCGCCCGGAGUGCGUGCUCGUUCAAGCUGAGUCCAACGUCUCAUUCACCGCCUCCUCCACGUGCCGCGGAAACCCUGGUGACUGCUUCGGCUUCGGCUCUGGUUCCGGUUGCGACGACGGCUCAGGCUCCAACUCCAGCUCCAGUGCCGGUCCCUUCCUCAGCACCGGCCUCAGCAGCCCUGACCCUGGAGGAGGAGCUGCAGGAGGCUAUCCGCAGAGCGCAGCUGCUUCCGAACCGGGGCAUUGAUGACAUCCUGGAGGAUCAGGUGGAGCCUGAGGACCCGCUGCCCGCCAUCUCCUUGGACUUCCCCGGCUCCUUCGACAUGCUGUCCCCCUCCCCGGACUCUGAAGGCCUCUCUUCUGUCUUCUCUUCCUCACUUCCAUCCCCCACGAAUUCCCCGUCCCCCUCUCCCAGGGGCCUCACGGACUCCUUGGAUUGGCUGGAGGCUCUGAGUGGGGGUCCCCCUCUGGGCUGUGGCCCCCCAGCCCCCAGCAUUUUCUCUGCUGACUUAUCUGAUUCCAGUGGCACCAGGCUGUGGGACCUGCUGGAGGAUCCAUGGUGAUGGAUUUUGGGGUUUCCAGGGACUGUGAACUGGUGGGGAUGGAGAGGUCACAGAGAUAGGCUCUGUGUGUGUGGUGGGGGUGAGCAGAGGUGGUUGGAACAACUAGCAGAGCCCCUCCCACCACAGACAAAAAAUCAGAGAUAACUCUCAUCUCCACCUGGCCCCUGCACUGCUGCUGACAUGCCAACCUCCUAACUUCUGCCUGACCUCCAUAUGAUCCCCUCUGUGCUUGUGUUGUUGGGAGCAAAGAGGUUUCAUUUGUUGCUGACCAGGACAAACAAGCUGCUUGAUGCUUCCUUCAGAGACCUCAUGGAUGUUUUUGUUCCACACUAUCACCCCCACAUCUCACCGACUGGAUGGCUGCCUGUUGCUGGGGAGCCUGGAAGGUGAUCUCUGCUUUUUUGGAUGCAACAGGGAGACAGGGAUGAGUGGGGAGAGAGAGAAUAGUCUGCCAGACCCUUGGCUUCUGAUUGGAGAUGAGAAAAAUCAGAUGUGUCAUGAAUCUGAGGUCAGAUUCUCUUAGAAGCAGAAUCUGAGACAAGAUCCUUGUGUCCAUGAUUUAGUAAAGACAUGCUCCCAGUAGAAAACAAUAAAGGAAUAGAUGAAACAGAACAGGGAUGGGGAGGAAGACUAGCAAGGGUGUGAUGUCAGGUGAAGUCCCAGCCUCAGCCUAAUCCCUUUGGGAGCUCUGGAGGAUAAAUCAAGUAGAGUCAUUCCCACCUUGAAGCAAAGGGCACUGGGCCUCUGAGGCAAACGGAAAUUCCUGCUUGGAUUUAUUAUUGCUGAAUAACAAGCCACCCCAAGAUUUA